UGGUGUCUAGGUUUGGAUUUCUGUACAUCAAAAUACAUGAUCAUAGAGGAAACAAAAAGGGAGAAAAUAAGAAUCAGAACAGGGAUAAAAGCUUUAAGAUUUGUAGAGAAGAUUAGGAAUGCAGUCGGCAGGGAGCUGUUAAAGGAAUGCCUGAAGGAAAAGGAGACAGCGGCGGAGGAGACAAGAAAUAUCAAGGAAAGGAUGGAUUACCUGAGAAUAAACGGAUAUAGUCAAGCGGGAGUCGAGGAGUUAAGAGAAGGAGACAGAAAUGUAGUGAAAGAGGUAAGGGAGAGAGAUAUCCAAGUGAUAUACAAUAAGAUAAGAGAGGCAACAUAUAAUAGCAGAUAUAAAUACAUUGUAACAGCACUAUGUCUAGAGUAUUUAAAUAAAACAGGAAAGAGAGAUAAUCAAAAACUUAUAGCUAGGAUAAGGUGUGGGAAUUUAGAAGAGGGAAACAGAUAUUGGCUGAAAGAGGAGGACAGGAAGUGCGGUUUGUGCAAAUUGGAAAAAGGGACGCUGAAACACCUCAUAGAGGACUGCCAGGACUUAGAAACAGGAGAAUUAAAAGAGGAAACGUUGGUAGAGGGGAGGGCGGAUGAGAGGGUAGCAGAGUGGGUAAAGAAGAUUGAGAAGAAGAGGAAGGAAAGGAGCGGGUAGUAAAAAAUGUAAAAUAGAAAGAGACCA